AUGAUGGUCGUGGAGAACAGUCCUGUGGAUGGAUCGUCAGUGGAGAUGAGGUCAAAGGAUGUCCUCUCCCCUAAUGAGCUACUCUUCCUUAAGGUUAAUGGUUCGACCUUCGAGGAAGCCGAAAGGUUCAGUCGAGCUGCUGAGGACCGAUCUACCGCUGCUCUCUGUGAGGCCUGCUGUCUGCUGCUCCCGUCCGAGGCAGAUCCCAAACGACCCUAUUUGAAAUGUACCCAUGCCUAUGGUGAUGGUUUGGCAUGUGAGUGUUCCCUGCACGUAUCGUGUCUAGUAGAGCAGUACCCCGAUGUGAGAGUGGAGCUGGACAUGGACUGGUUCUGUCCCCGUUGCAUUAAGCGUGCUCGUAGAGAUACAUCUUUGGCGUGGCUUUCACAGGAGGAGACCGGAUUUGGAUUUAACUGGAGCUCAGACAUGUCAAUGGCCGACUUUAUAGCGCAUAAUGAUUCAGUGUGGGUCCUCGUGAUAGUAGGGGGACCCUAUCGCCGUAGCAGAUGUGAGAAGAUCUUUGGAAGAGCACAUCCGGAAGAAUCGACGGUUGAGGAAGUCUUCUGGAGAGUUGUGAAUUUCGGUUCAGCCCGGGACGAGAGUUCACCGGCCGAGGCAGCAUAUGAUGACAUAUGUUAUGGCAACGAUCUGGACUCAGCUGAAGUGUCGAGCAAUGUUUUUCCUAGGGCGGGGACACCCUACGGCCUAGCAGAUGGAGAGCAGUGGUCUCUUCGUACACUACCUCUACUACCUGACAGUGUCCUCAACGAGUAUUUACCUUCCCAUGGUGGCGGUCCUCUGGACAUAGCCGGAGUCACUCGGCCUUGGGUCUACCUUGGUUCGGCUCUGAGUGCCUUCUGUUGGCAUGCUGAGGAUCAGUACUUGUACAGUAUAAACUUCCAUCAUGCAGGAGCGGCCAAGAUAUGGUACAGCGUACCAGGUCGACAGGCGAGGGCGAUGGAGGACCUCUUCCGAAGGGAAUUACCAACACUGUGCAGCAGCAUCCCGGAUUUGACCCAGCACAUGACCACUAUGAUCGACCCUAAGGUGCUUCUGACUCAGGGGCUCUUGGUCACACGAGGAGUCCAACGCCCAGGGGACAUCGUGCUUACCUUUCCGGGUGCUUAUCAUGGCGGAUUCAAUGCUGGUAUCAAUCUGGCAGAAGCGGUGAAUGUACCGGCAAGAGACUGGAUAACCAUGGGCUCGGUCGCAGGUCGGGCCUACACCAAGUUGUGCCGACGGCCCAUUUUCUGUUUCGAUGAUUUGGUAAUCAACAUUUGUCGUGUGUAUGCGACGGGAGAGGAGAUGAAUCCUAUGUUGGCACUGCAAGCCAUGAGGCAUCUCCACUAUAUCAAACGCCAGCGGACGGCUACUCCCAAGGGUCAGGCCAUACCUACCUCGCCUCGUUCGUCCAGUGAUAUCCUCUCUCGAGUCGACCCUGAAAAACCAUGGUUGAUCAUCAACACCUCGAGGCCUCGCCGCACUGUGUCACCACUGGGUUUCAAGCACACCGGUUCGCCAGCAUCCAAGAGCAUAGCAUACCUCUACGGCUACGAACCCGAUGGCGCCCUUUGCUGUAUAUGCCGCCAAUUUUGCUCUGUUGUGGCCGGAGAGUGUCGGGACUGCGGGUUGGUUUAUUGUAACCUGCAUAUAGGAUCAUGCUGUGGCCAUCCAGUGAGCUCUAAGGUCAUUCAUCACGUCCUGGCCCCAGAGGACCUGUCCAAGAUCCUCGAAUGUUGCCAGCGGCGUUAUAAGAGGUGGAGACUGUGGUCCCGCAAGAUAGAGAGAGUUCACCGUUCGGUGGCCCUGUACCUUGGGGAAACUCCUCAACAGCCUUCCAUAGCACAUGAGGUCCGCUUAGACGAUUUAGAGUGUAUGGACAGCGAGGGUGACCUCACGCCGACCAGGCCUGAUAGACGGGCGAAAGAGAACGCAAUGAGGUCGUGGAAAAAGAAGAAGUGCGCGGCAACGGAACCUCCUGCAAAUGACAUAGUUGGCAGGUCGCCUUCUAUGACCAGUACCAGUACAUUAUCACCGCCAUCCUCUCCUCGAAGUGCAUUGGCACUUCGAGUGGAUAUGUCUACCAUAUCGUCCCUCUUGGAUGAGCGGGAAUCUGAGGGAAUCCCAUGGAGAGUCCCGAUAGAGCCCCCUAACGCUGACUGGCUCUUCGGCCUUAAGGAACGCUGUGGAGAUCCUUGGGAGACUCGGAUAAAGGCUUUACUAGACGGCAAUGAGCCCAUCAAAUUCGACAGGCUAUUUGAUCUACUCAACGACGUCAUAGUGAACACAACUCCUGUUCGAUGCCCAAGAGAAGAUGAGCUGAUCGAUAAGUUGACACAGGUCAUGCAUCUUCGUUCUGUCAUUCGAACAGCGCUCGGUAUGAAGCCUCUUGCCUCCCGAGAACGAGGGAUUCACAUCAAGAGCAACUGCACGAGCGCCUCUCCCGACGACCCAUGUAGACUCAAGCAAUCAAGUACAGGAGGCUUCGUCUUGGCAGGUACACAUGGAGCUUUGGGCAAGUUUCGCAUUGGUGAUGAGGUUCCUUUAUCGGAAGCACUAUUGCGGGCUGAAACGGCAUUAGUCCAGGCCAGAGAACUAGGAGUGACGGAUUUACCAGAAGAACCGCUCAUUCACGACUGUGUCUCGAUUCUGACUAAUAUGGAGAAGUCCUCACGAGGAGGGGCGGCCGCUCGUGGCCGUGAUCUCGAAGGAAGAGCUAACAGUACAUUAUGGAAGAUAACUGCGACGCAUCAUACUUGA